AUGAGGCAACAGAAAAGAUUGAAGAGCAAGCACCCUUGUGCUGGCAACGGCGAUAGAGCUCAAGAUACUCAUAACAGAAACGAUGCUGACAAAAUCUCAUUAGACAGCCUUCCACCUGGUGUGCUCAACCAGUAUGUACUAGACAAAGAUGAUGAAUGGUCGUACAAUAAUGGUGAUGAUGGUAAUAAUGGUGAUGCGAAUGGCAAUGAACCAUCAAUGAGUGAGCAGCCAAACGAAGAAACAACAGAAAGCAGUACCAGAACUGAUCAACCUGGACACAAAACUACCUGUCUAGACAUUAACUUAUUCAAGCUCCCAUGCCUACAAGACGCCAACCUUGAAUCACCAAAGACCCCUUUUGAUGUUCUGGCGGGAAGCUUGAUUGCUCUCAACAAAUCCUUGUUGCCGCGUCACUGGUUUCAGUUGUUCCACCGUGAAAUGGAAGAAAGCAAGGUUCAUGAAAGCAUCGGAACAUUCCAUGAAAUACUGGGAUUGGACCAGAACAAGUGUUUGGAUGUUCUUGUUGCUUCCGGACUUGUGGCACCUAACAAGAACGGUAAAAUGCAAACAAAGAAGAAGAUAUUCAGAAUGCUUAAAAUUUUGGCUGAUGGCUUUGACUUCAAGAUCAACACCACAAUCCAAGGUUCCACGCACUCAUUUGUCUUGAUUGGUCCACCAGAAGCAAAGUUGCCGUCCCUUAGUGAACAACUAGGCAUAGAGAAGGAAAUACCAUCGUUUGACCUGUCAAACAUUGCCAUCAUCCGAGAUAGCUUCAAGCAGUACUAUGACUCCGAUGAGAUUCCAAAGCGACACGCAACAAGCACGGCACCAGAAGAAGAUGCGGAAAAUCAUUUGAGUGAAACCGACCAAACCAAGCCAAGGGGAAUCCUCUAUAACAGCCCAAGCCUGGGAAAGAAGAAGAAAAACAAGAACAACAGACGAAUGAGAACCACACUCUUGAUUGACGGGGAGCGGGUACCAUGCCCAAACAACUACAAACUCGUUUCCAAGCAGAAAUUGAAUCAUUACAAGCGGACAGAGAAACUGUACGAAGCAAUCCGGAAGGCAAGCAAGAGGAAAAUCUGCGUCUUGGAUGAGCAAAUGAAGUUCUUUCUUGGAGCAGUUGUUGGUCUGUGUGUUCAGGUCCCCGGUGUUGCUUUUGAGCAAAUCUUUUUUUUGGCUGCGAUUAUUUUUGCAACCAUCCUCAAGCUUGUUGACUUCAAAGAUCAGGAAGCAUCUACUAUGAGCCACCUUCAGAUCCUCAAAAUGAUGCCAUCUCAAACCACAGGCAACAGGUAUGCGCAAAGAGCAGCAGCACACAAUGUCAUCCGUCAAGGCGCCCGAAUGAUGCAAGCCAAAGCGCUUUUCCUUGGAGCAGACAAAGGCGGCAGUAGUUUGAUAAAGAAAAUCUGCUAUUUCUCUGAAGAAGAUGGGAUAAUUGACACUAUCGACCUUGAUUUUGAUGGUUCUGGAGAGGACACGGUAGCAUGUGCAGAUGCCGUCUAUCAUUCAAUGUCAAGGUAUGUCUUUGGUGAUGAUAAGCAUAUCCAACUGAACAACAUCAUCAAGGGUGGAGGAAGCGAUAGUGGCGGGGGAUUCAUAAACGCGAAGAUGAAGGAACAGCUUGUGAGAGUUUGUUUGGCUAGCAAUACUGAAUACAUCCACUGUCCAUGCACCUCUCACAAUGACCAGACCAAUCUUCGAACUGCAAUUGAAAAUAUCUUUGGUCAAGGCGGGCUUGAAAGACGCAAUGAUAUGCAACUACUCCAUGCCUAUGCUUACUUUCAAAGGGAAUUUUCUGACAAAGACGAAUACUUUGAUCUUCUCAAAGCUUCAUACCAUGGGAAAUUUCCCGACAAGAAAGCGGUGCCAAAGGAUUUGCUUCGAUUGAUGCAGGAACCCAUUUUGACGAGCGCCAUUUGCAAUGUGGAAAAAACCGACUCAAAGAAGAAUAAGUGUGGCAGAAAUUUUCUUUCCUUGGCAAAAGAGCCAGUGAUCAAGGGUGAUUUGGCAUUUUUGUUUGAUUUUGACCAAGAGCUUUUUUAA